AGUUCCACUGAUACGGAUCAUGAAGUUGUUUGUUGCAUUCGCUGCUCUGCUGGCCACCGCGGUGGCAGCGCCCAUGGAUGGCCGCAUCACCCACGGCGAGGUGGCACGCGAGGGCCAGUUUCCCUACCAGGUGGGAUUGAGCAUUGCCAUCGGCAACUCGGGCGCCUGGUGCGGCGGCACCUUGAUCUCCAAUCGCUGGAUCGUAACGGCUGCCCAUUGCACGGACUCUGCCGACUCGGUGACCGUGUACGUUGGUGCUACGAAGAUCAAGGAGGAGGAGCCCGGCCAGCAGCGCAUCCAUGUGGAGAAGCACGGCAUCAUUGUGCACGAAGAUUGGGAUGCCGCCAAGAUUGUCAACGACAUCUCGCUGAUCAAGCUGCCCGCCGAACUGGACUUCAAUGAGCGCGUGCGUGCCGCCACGCUGCCCAAGAAGGAUGGACGUUACUCCACCUACGAGGAUCAGCAGGCCUACGCCUCCGGCUGGGGUCUCGACAGCGACAAGGCUGACGCCGUCUCCCCCGUGCUGCGCUACGUGGAGAUGCCCAUCAUGAAGUCGAGCACCUGCAACAAGUACUGGGCCGGCCUCAUCACCGACAAGGUCAUCUGUAUGAGCACCAAGGGCGGCAAGUCCACCUGCAGCGGCGACUCCGGCGGCCCCCUGGUCCACAAGGAUGGCGACAUCAACUAUUUGAUUGGCGCCACCUCCUUUGGCCUGGCUCUGGGCUGCGAGAGGAACUACCCAGCUGUCUUCACCAGAAUCACCGCCUACCUGGACUGGAUCGAGGAUCACAGUGGCGUGGUCAACAAAUAAACAACACUAUUCCAUCUUCUGAUAUUAAACAAUAAAAUACGAAUACGAAACAAAUGUA